AUGAGCUCAAGCUACAUAUCGCUCCAAGUCGGGACGUACCUUGCGAACAUUAUUGAUGGGAUCCUAUAUGGUGUUGGAAUAUGCAUGUACAUCACAUCACUGCAUCUAUUCCUCAACAAUCCCAAAGCUGAGAGCCGCUGGACUCUAUUCUACGCAUCAUUUGGAGGGACUCUCCUCCUAUCGGUAACAGCACAGCUGUUGACAACACAGUAUUCAGGCUACACGUACUGUAUGGACAGCAAUAGCGUGGAAGACUCUGCGAACUCGGGCUUGAACUCGUGGACAGAUGUCCUGGGAACGAUUUCAGCUGUCAUUGCAAAUUGGAUGGGCGAUGGCUUAAUGCUUUGGCGCUGUUACGUCAUCUGGGAUAACAAAAAACACGCAAUCAUUAUCCCUGCCUUUCUCUACUUUAUUUUUGUUGCGUCUUCAUUCGUCACCCUGGUUGACAAAUCCUUGACAAAGGGUCCCGCCAUGACGGGUGUCGGUGUCACAUUUGAUAUGAUCUGGACCGCUUCAACAGCCGCGUUCAAUGUAUAUGUAACCUCUGCCAUAUGCUGGCGUCUCAUCGGCAUGUAUUGGGUCUUACGAGACAGUAUGCCAGGACGUCAAAACCUAUUACACAAGUACACAGGGGUGAUCUCAAUGUUUGUUGAAGGGACGAUACCCUUCACGCUUUUAGCCGUCAUGUCUUUCAUUCUGGAUAUCUAUAACAGUCAACUGAGCAUAGCACUUGUGGUCACCUCGCAGCAGUUGAUUAUUUUUCGUAUUUCUAUGGGCACUGCGUGGACGAAGAAUACUAUGAGCGAGAUCACUGAGUCGCAGUCGAUUCGCGACAGGAAGGAAGAGACGGAGAGCAGAGUCCGAGACUCUGCAGAUGAUGAUCAGAGUGGCUCAGGCUGUGGACAGCUGCAAUUGCUUCUUGAUAAUUGCACUGUCAUAUAUCCACUCCUCUUUACGAUGAAGAGCUUGCAAGGACGCGGAGGCAAGGGAGCUGAGAAAUGCAACUACUGCCACACGGGAGUCACGAUGGCACAGUUCGAACUGCAUAUGUACUUCACGCAUGUCACCUUCAAAGUGGAGGGCACGCUCUUUCGCGUCCCCCAGCAGUUAUUCGAGGACAACUCGGACGUCUUCCGCAAUUUGUUCCUCUCGCCAUCUAGCUCUCGAAGCAUCGAGGGCUUGAGCGACCAAAGUCCUAUCGUACUGGAAAAUAUAUUAUGCUGGGACUUUAAAGUAGAUACUGCAGACGCAUGCUCGAGGCACCGCGCCGUCAACAAUCAAAGAGUGGCAGGCCGUGAUCAAGCUAACCCAAUGGUGGCGUCGAGGGUACCGUAUUACGUAGAUCCCGCGGAGAAGCUCGCCCUGGUGCGCGCCCAUGGCGUUGCCGAAUGGGUGCGCCCGGCGGUAUGCGACGUUGUGCGGCGGGAGCACACCGAGAAGGACCCCCUUUGGAAGCCGCUCUCGGACAAGGACGUGCGUAUUCUAGGGCUGGAUCUCGUACUUGCUCUUGCUGCGGCUCGCGAACACGUCGCAGGCCAAUUUUCGCGUUGUCAUACAAGGCUAACAAACACCGAAAUCGAACGCGUGCUUCGGGAUUGGUUUAGAGACCAUUUUCCGAACAUGGGGGAAUAA